ACUAAUAUAAAACCCUAAGAGCAGAGCAGAGCAGUAGGGUUUUUUUCUUUCCCACCUCUAUCGUCUGCCGCUGGAGCCAAGGAUCAGAAAGCAAAACCCCAUACACUAAAUCUCCGCCAGCCGCCGUCGUCUGGUCGAACUUCCACCAUGGCUCGAGGACUGAAGAAGCAUUUGAAGAGGCUCAAUGCUCCCAAGCAUUGGAUGCUCGACAAGCUUGGCGGCGCUUUUGCUCCGAAGCCGUCGUCUGGACCUCACAAGUCGAGGGAGUGCCUGCCGCUGGUUCUGAUUCUCCGAAAUCGUCUGAAGUAUGCACUUAUUGGCAGUGAGGCGAAUGCUAUUCUGAUGCAGCGUCAUGUUAUGGUGGAUCACAAAGUUCGGACUGACAAGACUUUCCCUGCUGGUUUUAUGGAUGUUAUUUCGAUCCCCAAGACCAAUGAGAACUUCCGAUUGCUUUAUGACACUAAGGGUCGCUUCCGUCUUCACUCCAUCCGGGACGAGGAGUCAAAGUUCAAGCUUUGCAAGGUGAGAACUAUUCAAUUUGGGCAGAAAGGGAUCCCCUACCUGAACACCUUUGAUGGGCGAACGAUCCGCUACCCGGAUCCGCUCAUCAAGCCGAAUGACACCAUCAAGCUCGAUCUGGAGAGCAGCAAGAUUGUGGAUUUCAUCAAAUUCGAUGUUGGCAACGUCGUCAUGGUCACCGGAGGAAGGAACAGAGGGCGUGUGGGCAUCAUCAAGAACCGUGAGAAACAUAAGGGUAGCUUCGAAACCGUGCAUAUCCAGGACUCGAUGGGACAUGAGUUUGCUACUCGCUUGGGGAAUGUGUUUACCAUCGGUAAGGGAACCAAGCCUUUGGUGUCCCUUCCCAAGGGCAAGGGAAUCAAGCUGACAAUCAUUGAGGAAGCCAGGAAGAGGGCGGCUGCAGCCCAAGCUGCUGCUUAAAGAGUAUUUCGAAGUUAAGGGUAGACGUCUAGGUGUUGCUAUCUCUCUAUCUAAAUCUUUCCUGCUGCUGGGUAAACUUUAGCUGUGGAUUAAAACUUGAUUAGCUUGGAUGAGAGUUGCUAUGUCGUUAUCGGUUUUGAGAAUAUUUUACCUGCUACUCUUUUUAUAGUUUCAUAUGCUACGAAGUCGGUCAUAUUCGUCAUUUUUCUUCCAAGGUCUAUUGUGUGUACAUUGUCCUUGCUACAAAGUAACAUCUUCAUGUUCUUAUAAUGUUUUAGGCUAGACAAUUACAGGCUAAGAAAACCGCGAAGUCCAAAGGAGGGUAAACUCCCUCCAACCAACACCUUCCUGCUUCACCGG